GGGGCUGUUCCAAAGAAAAUUCUUGAGGCCAUGAACGUGCAAGGAUUAACCAGAGAAAACGUAGCCAGUCAUUUGCAGAAAUACCGGAUGUUCUUGAAAAAGGUGGCAGAGAGAACUAAAGCAGCAAACAGCUUGGCUGCUAAGGCUAAAUUCUUGAACAUUGGAUUAAACCAUCCUUCAACGAUCCUCAACACAAGAUUUCCUGGCCAGAAUCAAAUAGGUGGAGCAUCAUCGCAACUGAGAUUCAGGGAUAAUAACUUGAACCUUAGUGCUGCAAAUUUUGGCCUUGGACGUUUCCAUAGUCAGGGAGCUUCUAGGAGCACUUCUGUACCUCAGUUUGGAUACAGACAGCUUGAUUUUCUGAGCCAGCAGCCUAAGUUUGGCACUGCAAAUCCUUUCCAACAAAACAGUUUCUCAUCAGUUAAUAAUGGAGUUCAACCAAAGAAUGUCGGAACAGAAUUUCCAGUCGGUGGACGUAUUCCAUAUGAAGCCGUGAAAGCUGAAAAUGGACUCAUGAAUGGUACUACUGCAAAUUCAAUGCAGAUUCACCAACAACAAACUCAAAAAGAUCCACAACUUUUCAACACUACUGCUGGAUCAUUGGAUUACAACUUCGGCUCAUCCUCAGGAACUCCAAACUCCAAUUACAUUUCCCCCAAUUAUGGGAACACAGGAUCUCUUAAUGGUUAUCAUCCUGCUCCUACUUACUCCAACAAUAUUUUGGGUGGAAUCCAACAUACUUCUGGUGGAAAUGUAGCUGCAAAGGCUUCUCUGGUGUCAAAUGGAUGUGGGAAUUCAGCUGGUUUUAACAAUUCCUUUGGUCUGAUGAAUGGUGUUUAUGAUGGCAACAUGACUGCAGCUCAGAUGGGGAACAGAUCUUAUAGCACUAAUUGGCCUCCAAGAGUAGAUUUAUCUUCAGUUGGCUUUCCGAAUGCAAAUCAGUUCACUCCAAGACUUCCAAAAGCCAACACCCAAGACAACACCGCAGCACAAACCCCAUUGCAACCGCAUCAAUAUGGUCUAUUUAAUAAUUUAGACAAUAACUAUAUUUUAAAUGCAAUGGACCUUCCGUCUUCAAAGUCUCAUACCAACAUGACUUAUUUGAACCUAUCUGGUGGGAAAGAAAUUACUAACACCAUUUCACAGCAAAUGGGUUUCCAAUUUCCUUGUCAGAAACGAAGUAGGAAUGAAGUCCACAAUUCUGAUUACAGUCGUCUAAAUGGACAAGUCGAAGAGAAUGCUCUGCUGAUCAACAAAGAAUCAGUUGACCAGGCAAGUGUAACAGCUACUUUAUUUCCAAUUUUUGUUCCCCCCCUCCCUUCUGAUAGCAGGAGACAUCAUAUCAUAUUAUAUAUUGCUGAAGUACUCGUUAAGAAGCAUGAUAUCUUUGUUUCUGUAAUUUACUUAAAAUCAACUAUACAGUGCAAAAAAAAAUUAUGAAGAGUAAUGCAACUCUGAAUCCAAAGAUUUUCACUUCUACAUGCAAAGAUUUAGACCAUUUACUUUUUAGAAUUUGAUAAUUUGUGACUUUAAUUAAAUGCAUAUAUGUUAGUAAAUGCAGAUACUCAGUUAUAUAAAUAAAACCUUUGUGAUAUCCUAUCUCCUUCAAGUUUCAUUCUUUCCUCCCAUGGAAAAUACUAAAUACAUAUUUACAUGCUAAUAAUUAUUAUUCCUAAGUUCCCAACCUUUGAAAUUGUUAUGUUACGUAGUCUAAGUGAUCAUUAAGUACUUUAGUUUUAUGCUAUGUUAACUUAUUUUAUUUUUUAAACUAUCAUUUGAUUUAGUCAAAUCUAACCUAAGCAUGCAACUUGUAGUUUACUUGAUAAGUUCUUGUUAGUUAACAUUAUUUAAUAAUUUAGAUUGGUUUAGCAAUAUGUCUAAA